CUUCAGCUCAUCAACGUCAACCUCACUCUUCAACACCAUCGUGACAACAACCCCCCGUCGCCUUCGCAAUCUCGCCGCAAAGCCUCAAGGCGACACCAUUGAGCUUAUUUUACGGGUUCAUGGUCUUGGUCCACUCGAGCAAUACGACUUCUGCAGUGUUGCCUGCAGGCCUCUGCGACGAUUGACCGAUCCACGAUCUUCAAUUGAAAACAUCACCUGGGCGGUUGCAAAACCUACAUAUCCUGCUGGCGCUAACCCUCAGCAAAUCGCUCUUGAUCUGGGCCAUUGCCCGGCAAUAUGAAUGUCUAGAUAUCAGGGCUCGUAUGACGCUAGCGAAUCCCGACGCUCACCACGAGACCAAUCCCCAGGACGGUACAAUGAUUCCCGAGAUGAGUUCAGAGGGGGAGCGACUCGUGGCGGCGAGAGGAGGCGCUCGAUACCCGAUGCGAGGAUAAACCACAACUCUUUCGCAUCAAAUAGAGAGCUUUUUCGAGAACCCACAGGCCGAGACUCAUCGCGAGAUUUUAAUUCAUCCAGAGAUCCACCAAGAGCCCCGAAAGGCUUCCUAGAUGCUCCAACAGGCCCGCGCGCAUCGAGUCAAUCCGAUUUUCGAGGCGAUUUUGGCGGAUACCGAGGUGACUUUAGAGGCGAGCGAGGUCGCGGCAGAGGUCGAGGAGGCUGGAGGGAGGAUAGCCGGGAUCGAGGUCGAGAGCUUGACCGAGAAUACAGAGAUAGGAGGGAUGAUAGAGGACCUCCACCGCGAUUUGGAGAUGACCGUGGGCGAGAUCGUUGGGGUGGACGGGAGCCAUACAGAGGGCGUCGGGCAUCUUCUCCUCCAGGCAGAGGACGCUCGCCAAACUAUGGACCUCGAGAUAAUCGGGACGCCCCGCCAAAUAUUGAGAUUGAUCGUACGCGACGAGGAUCUCGAGAUGGUCCGUUGUCCGGCGGCUCACCUGGUUCAGAUUCAAUGCCUCCGUUUGGUCGUGGAUAUGGCAGAGUUGCUCGAGCUGGGCGGGGCAGAGGGAGAGGUAAUUAUUACGAAGAUGGUUUCCAUGGUCGCCCUUCUGGUAGGAGUCGGUCUCCUGAGCCUACUACUUAUCGACGCACUCAGCCUUCAGCAACACCUCCCCCACAGGUACCAGCGUUUGGCUCCUCAACCAGUGUACCGCCUCCUGUCAUCCCCUCGGCACCUUCUAGUACAGUAGUGCCAGGCGUUGCAAUACCCACUGCACCUCGUUCUGAUAGAGAAACUAUGCGAUCGGGAGGCUUCCCGCGACCUAUCCAGUACAAGCCUAACAAUGCUGUCCAAAAGGAGAUUCCUGCCUCUGACCUACCUUCCACGCCUUCCGUGAAUGCAUUACCACAAAGUGCUGUGCAAUCCGUGGACAAUAAAGCACUGCAAGAACAAAGUCACAAGGAACAUACAAAUAUCGACUCCAUGGAUAUUGCCGAUGAAACAAAGGCUCCCUUACCUUCCGCGCCCGAGACCUUAUCCGAGGCUGCACGUCAAGAGAAGGAAGAAAUGCCUCCGCCUCCACGACAAGGUCUUUUUGGCAAACAUGGCCCAGAAAGACUAGCUCAAGCAGUUCCUGAUAUUGCCGAGGCUCCAUCCGACUCGGAAUCUGAGGAUGAGUUGAACGACGCCUAUUUCGAGGAUGAGAUUUCAAAAAUCGAAGGCGACACAACAAAGGUCAACGUGGAAAAUCCACUAAACCCACGCCCUGAAUGCCUAUCAGCUUUCGUGAAGCCAUUUCUCCAGUACAAUAUCGAUCGUCUAGUUGAAAAAAGAAAGGCAAUUGUUGCUGAACGUUGUGUGGCUCCUGAGGUUAAGGUUGAGGAAGCUGCCCCUGAAGCUUCAGUACCACCCGUACCAGCUUCUAUUCCAGUAUCAAUCCCGAUACCAAGUUCGGCUCCCGCCCUAGUCGCUGUCCCAACACUCGCGUCAGCGUCCAUUCCAGAGCUGUCGGUAAAAUCUAGUCGUACCAGUAGGAGUCGCUCUCCCACACCUGCGGUGCCACCAGUAUUGAAAGCCCCGGGUACAAGCCGACCCACGACUUCUUCACAGCGAUCCGAGAAGCCGGCCACAGAAGUCAUUACCAAUGGCAAUGUCGCGCGUUCGUCAAAUCUAUUGCCAUCUGCCAGGACUCCUCUCCCAAGUGUGGAACGACUGGAUUCUACACGCCAUGAACCUACCGUUCCGCUGAAGUCCAUUGAACAAGUUCCAGAUUCUUUGCAUGCCAACUUGUCACGCAAGCUUACUCCCAAACCAUCCACGAAUGGCACGGAUCACAAAUCAGUACCAAUGGAUGUAUUUUCUGAAAGUGAGGGUGAUGUGACAGAGGCAGAGAAUGAAGAAAUGCUUGAGGCGGUCAGGCCACGAAUGAAAACACCGCCGAUUUCGAGCCUGCCCAAUUUUGAAGUCAAGAAAUGGUUUGAGGAUGUUGACUUUCUCGAGUCAUUAAAGCCAAAGCCCGAAGUUGAAGCUCGAAUUAAACAAAAGUUGAUCGAUAAGCGAGACCGGAUGCUGAGAGAGCAAGAAGUUGCGCGUCAAGAAUGGGGCAGAAAUUACUAUGAUUAUCGACGAUUCACAGACUUCUCCGAGGAUCCUGUCGCGGUUCGCAGCAGAGACAAGUUUGCGAAGGCAAGAGCCCAAGCCGCCGCAGAAGCCGCAGCCCCGCAUCAAUCAUCAGUACCGUCCGCUGGCGCUAAGCCAGAGGGCAAAGGUCGAGUUGGCCGGUGGGCUACGGAGCAUGAUUUUGAACGCGUGCUCCGCGAGUCCGAAAUGGAGGCCAAGGAGACCAAAGAAAAGGAAGAUCGUGCCGCAAGGGCAAAAACAGCCAGUGCGAAGGAGGCUGCAAUCCCCGACGCUGCUUGGGACAGAGAGGAUUGGAAGAGCAUGCAGCCUAGGGACAAAACUCACAUAGUUCCCUUUGAAAGAUCGUUCGCAGUUCUUGAAUUCGGAGAACCCAUUGAUAACUUCACUGAGGAAGAAUGCGAGAUCUUCGAGAGAGUCUAUCUCGAGUUUCCAAAGCAAUGGAGCAAGAUUGCCGCUGCAUUGCCUAGACGGGACUACAAAGCCUGCAUUCAGCACUACUAUCUGGUCAAGCACUCCUCGGAUCUGAAGGACAAGCUUAAGAGACAGCCAAAGAAACGCAAGGCCAGACAGCCGAAGGCAAAGAACCCCAAGCCAAACCCGCUGAUUGCAGAUAUGAAUGCCGCCCGUGAGGAAGCCGAAGAUGGUCAAGACACUGAGGGUGGCGAAAGACGUGGACGCCCACGGAGAGCCGCUGCCCCUACAUUCUCCUUUGAGACACCGGCUAGCGAGAGCGAGGUGGCAAGCCCUGCACCUACUCCUGGCCGAAAAGCUGCUGCGACGCCUAAGGGAGACGCUGGUCCUGAUGCUCCACCGCCGAAGAGAAAGACCAAAACUCCUCGUGAGAAGGGUCUAAAGCAAGCCAAGAACAGCCAGCUGUUGGCAGCUGCUCCUGUCAUCGCAGCAGCCAACCAUCGUGCAAAUUCUCCUGCCACUCCGAUGGGAAAUCCAGAAUGGAAGAAUCGUGGAGAUACUCCCGGUGGAAAUGCUCGCUUUCCAUCUCAAUACGACGGCACAGGUCCAAAUCAGCCCCCCUUCGCACCACCUUAUGCACCAAUCGAGAAACCAAAUCCUACCAUGCCGAUAACUUUCGAUCAUGUGCCUCAGCACUUCCCUCCACCACCUCCGGUCCCACAACAAGAGCGUGUUGACUCUGCCCCACCUAUGAGCUUUGAAACUCCGCAGGAUCGCAGAACUGUACAACAGACCUCGAGUUAUUGGAGCGUCCCCGAGCAAACAGAUUUCCCUGCAUUAUUGAGGCAUUUUGGCACUGACUGGCAUGGGAUUGCAAAGUGGAUGACCUCUAAGACUCAUAUAAUGGUAUACACCACCGUUUUUCAACAAUGGCUUGCUGUACCUUCCGACAGCAACAAGAGUCGGCGUGUCGCUAACAUCCAGACACAGGUCAAGAACUAUUACCAGCGCCAGGUAGAUUCUGGAAAGAAAGAGUGGGAGAUGAUAGCAAAGGAUGCAGACGAGAAACGGGAACGAAAUGAGCCUACAGGUCCACUUCCAACUCCGACUGUUAUUCCAAAAAGACGUUAUGAUAUCACCCCCGGUUCACAUCCGCGGUCCUCGUCUGCGAUGGACCAAACUGAAGAGUUUUUGUCUCCAGGACCACAUUCUGUCAUGUCUCAAGUUUCUCCUCCUCAACCACCAAGCAUCAGCACACGCUUUCCUGCACUUGCCCAAGCUGGUCCUGUUCCUCAAAUUCAACCUAGCACAGCAACGUCGACAGUUUUGAAUAAGCACAUGCCGCCGCAACCUAUUCAGCAAGCUCCACAGCCAAUCCAGCAACAAUCUCGACCAUCCAGAGGCCCAGCGAUAGGGUUCUUCACCCAGGACCCUCCUCGCUCUAUUGUUCCCAACGAUGCUGUAUCUCAACGCUCGGUCAUGGUUGCCCAGGAGGCUCAAAUAGAGAGGCAAUCUGCUCUCAGACUUGAGCGAGAGCAGAGAGAACAACAACAGCAACGUGAGCAGCAACAGCAACAGCAGAGGGAGCAAGAGCAGGCAGUACUUCAAAGGGAGCAGGUAGCAGCAGCAGCUCAAAGGGAGCGGCAACAAGCACAGCAAGCUAUGCAACAGCGUGAACUUGCUAUGGCGCAACACCAGCGCGAGCAGCAACAGCAACAGCAACAAGCCGCCAUGCAUCGGGAUCGACAAUUCCAAAUGAAGCAAGAAGUUGAGACGCCAAAUCCAAAUCAGUACGAGCCAUAUGGAACACCAACUGGAAUGCUCGCAGGAAAUCAAGUACAUGCCAGAUCAGAAUCUUCUAAGCCAACUCCGCCAGCGGAUGUUAGACGUACUGUUCCCCCUCAACAUCAUCCUCAACAGUAUCAACCUCGGAGCAAUCCAAACGGUCGCCCAUUCCUUGGUGAGAGUGUCGGCAGUGCUCGUGAUAUCAAGUCUACACCUUCUCCGGCUGUUCCUCGAGCUCCCAUGAGUGCUCCUCCCGCAAACCAAGAGAUGUACUCUGCACCUCCGCCACCUCCUCAGCAGGCUGCUCCUCCACAGCAACCAACUCCAGCUCCAGCCCGUCAGCCAGAACCCGCUAGGAAGUCAAAUAUUAUGUCUCUGCUUAACGAGGACGAGCCAAGCGAUCCUCGACCACCUCCGGCUAAGCGUACAAGCGAUGUUUCGACUUCUUCUAUGCAGCAUACUCGCACCCCACCACCACAACAUUCUCUGCAUCCUUCCCGAUAUUCUGGCCACCCAGCUCAAAAUCCUCCUCAACAACAGCAACAACAACACCCACAUAUGCCUCAGCAGAUGACUUCUCAACCACCACCUCAGCAGCAAGCUGCUCCUUCACAACACGGAUAUUCACAACCUCCUCAAUCCCAGCACCCCCACCACCAGCAUUCGUCUUCCAUCGGCCAUACUCGGAGCUAUACCCCAACAAACUUCGAGAGCCGACCUCCGUACGGGCAACCGCAGAUGCAGCAGCAGCAACAGCCAAUGUAUGCUCAGCCUCGCCAGUCUAUGACCUCACAGCCAUCCCAACUUCGUCGCGAGCCAUCCCUGGGCGAGAUACACGGAAUGUCGGCUUCUGGUGGAUAUGGAAGGUCUUCAGCUCCUUCGCAGCCGUCUAUGCGACUCAAGGAAUCGCCAUAUUCAGCACCAACUCCUCCUCCCGCUCAGCCUCCUCAGAUCAGUCGCCAAUCUGUUGGUUCGCCACAUGAUCUACCACUUGAGCAACGUGAUUACUACCAACGCCAACCUCAACCAGGUUAUCUUAUGCAGCAACAACAGCAGCAGCAGCAGAAUGCGACUGCAUCUCCUCAGCUAGCCCCGUCAUACCAAUCUCCGUCGCAACAGUAUCAGCAGCCGCCUGCUAAUCACCGUCAACUUGCAUUUGGACAGAGCUCUCAUGUUCCAUCACCACCACCGCAGUACGCCAAUCACCAUUCGCUGCACAACUCGCGGCACAACAGCUUUGAUGGCAGAGAGGGGCGCUAUCAAAUGGGACGAGAUCAAAUGGGAAGCUCGGCGCCUAAUCAAGCUGCAGCUCCAGCCCCAGCUCAUCCUAGCUACCAUCGCUAUCCUCCCGAGGUCAGAACUCAGAGCGACCGUAACAGUCAAGCCAUGUUGGAUAUGAGGCGUGAAGCCGAUGCGAGAAGAGAGGCGGAUAGAAUGGAAGCAGAGAGAAUCGAUGCCUUCUAUCGACAGCGCGAGAAAUGAUUGAUUUUGAGACAGACCUUCAAUUUUGUUUUGGUACACGUGUGUGGUGGACGGGUUACACAAGGAUUGAGUGGCAGGCGUUUUGAAAUACCUGCGGGCAAGCAUUUGUCCUUUGGGUGGCGUUUUUGCUCAAGCAGGCAUGCAUUGUGUAUGGAGGAAGGGGGUUUUGGGUUCAAUGACAGCGAACGACUCUUGUUUUUGUAUGAAUAGAUAGCAAGCCAUCUGCAGUUUUGAAGUGCAAUGCAACGCAGGACAGGACGGGACAGGAUUUGGGAAGAUAAGGAGAUCGAAUGAGGCGUCUCGUUGUAUGUAUCGAUACCCGAUCGAAUCAAUUCAUGUAGAAAUAGAGAUUUUGAAAUCAAA